CACCAUUGAUUUCCAACUCUAUCUGUUUUUCUCCUAAACACUUUUAUUCUUAUCCUUGUUUCAUUUAAGGCAUAAUUAGCUUAUAUCCAACAAUUUCAUAAAUGCAGGAACUCUCUAAUGGACGCCAUAGGACCAGUCACGGAUAUUAUGAAAGAAGUUAUACCUACAGUUAAGAAAUAUGUCAAGUAUCAGAUAUGUCACAAUGAUUAUGUCAACAAAUUCAAAGAAAUGCAAACAAAGCUGGAGCACCGAAGGGAAGACGUUGCGGCAGGACUGCGUACUCAGCUUAUGCAGCCUGGGAAGAUUGCAAAGCAGGAAGUUGAAGCUUGGCUAAAGGUAGCAGAACAAGAAACUGCAGAAAAUGUGGUUGAAGAUCUAAUCUGCAAAGGGCAAGUAAAACCAAUUGGUGGUCUUCACAUGAUUCUAAAGUUCAGAUUUUUACUCAACGAUGAUGUGCAAGAUGGACUGCUUGGGCAGCCUGGUUUGAAUUUGUAAGCAGGGAAGGAACCUAAAGCCUUAUCGAUGGAAAUUUCCUUUUUCUGCUCUUGCCAUUUCGUCCUUAUAGAUUUUUUUUUUUUU